AUGCCGUCAGUGUAUCGCACCUGGCGAAGGUGCCUUUGUCUCCUGGUUGCCUUGGGCCUACGCCCACUGCGCCAAGCCGAUGUACCGCCACUGGGGCGACGAGGCGCUUUGAUUUCUCCUGUCUUGUCCUUGGCUCGAGGUCCCAGCUCUCCGCCGGCGGGUGCCCCUGCAUGGACACAGGAGCUCGGCCGCUUUCCAGGCCUCUUCGAGGACUUUGAAGGUCCAAGCAUAAGUUGGAAGCCGGUCGCAACGUCUACGGAAGGUGAUCGUUUGAAGUAUCCCUCCUGGUUGACAGGGAGCUGGAAGGUGGACUGCAAGAAGCGCGACGUGCGCUUUCCACAGGGCUGGGGCGUGCUGAGCCCCCAGGUGCCCGGUGUUGCCAUGGGCUCCAUCCUGCGCUUGCCCAAUGUGGGGGCCGAGCCAAGCCUCACGUGGAACUUUGUAGCUGAUGCUGAUGGUGCCAAAGCUGAUUGGGCUAAAAAUUUGCCAGCAACUUUGGAGGGCUUCUGGCCCGAUGCCACGACCCAACGCAUGGAGCGCUCGGAUGACGGACACGGGACCUGGGCCCUGACGUACGCAUCGCCCACGGCGCUCUUUCGGAAGGAUGAGCCACUGACUGAACGCACGGUGAUGUCCCAAUGGCUUGGUGCUGAUUUGUGGCAGCAGGAGAACCAAUGCUAUUCUGUGGAAUGGAUCCGCCAAACGGACAGGGCCUUCAGGGGUUCCGUGGGGACAGGGGUUCCGCUAGAAAUGAGACCUUGGAAAAUCUUGGAAAGGUGGAGUUAA